CUAUUUUUAAGUCUUGGGUUUCAUAGUAUCAAAUUGGUGCAAAACGGGUUAGAUAGGAUUCACUCUUUUCCGCUUGGGAAUGCUAUUUAAUGGAUCCUGCUAAGCGUAUAUGCCUGAAAAACCUACCGGAAGGUUGCACAAAGCGAGAAAUCGCGGAACUUGUGCGGAACCGCACCGGAAUUCAGCCCCAUAGCAUUGAUCUGGGUCUCAACUCAGAAGGCCGUACGCGUAACUACGCACAUUUCUCCUGCGAAAGCACCAAGAAUGUCCUUGAAGUUCUAGGGAACGGUAUUAUGAUGCGGGAUAGCGUCGUCUACGCCUACCCUGCGAAUCCACACUUCACCUAUAAGUACAUGGAGGCGCGCCGAAAGCGUGAACGCGAGGAAGAGAAGGAGGCGCGUGAACGAAGCGAAUUCUGGGAAGCCUAUCGUGCCUCCGCUCUCGCGCGCUUUCCUGAUGGGGAGCCUGUGAAGAUCAAACCCCCAAAGCCGUUUUACGCUUCGCGGCAAAAGUAUUACGCGAUUGCAGCGGAAAUAGCGGAGAAAUGCCGAAAGAAUUUCCACGAAGCGCACCCCUCACCCCACCACGGCGCGACCGCGACCAACAGCAGCAGCAGCCACCACCACCACAGCCGAGAGGAUGAUACCGACAACGGCGCCGCUGCAACGCCAACGUCAGCAGCCGAGAUUAAGGAGGUUGAUAAAGGCAGGGAGGGAAAUGCGUACGCGGCGAGGGUGCGGCAGCCUUUUUCGCGAAGUCAUCGACCCCAUGAAGCUAACAAAACGCGAGGGGGAAAAGUAACCAAUCAGGCUGCCCAGGAGGAUACAAAAGCAUCCAAGACGGUCAUAGCGCCCACGCCGCUGUUGCCAUCCAAGGAAGAGCGAAAGCUCUCCAGCCUGCAGGCUAGGCUUCUAUCUCUAGGUGCAAAGAUCUAUAAGAAUGGCAGUAAGGGUGCGUAAAGGUGUGCGAAUAUAAUUGCGCACACAAAAAACUAAAUAAAUAAAGCAAACGAGUAAGGCAUUAAGGCACCUAUAGAUGUUGGAUCACGGGUGUGGUUUGUAGUCGUGAUUUUAUGGUGAGUAGGUGAUUUCAUUGCGAUUUGUGGUUGUUGUUCCUUUUUUUAUUCCGACGAAAAAAAGGAGGAAACAUAAUAAAAGUUAAUACGAUGACCCCCUAUAUAAAA